AUGGCUCAGUUCUUGCGAGGCAAGCAAGCAGGUAUUCAGAAGGACCUGUCUGAGGGCUUGUCCCCAGACUUGUUCCUCCUUGACGACUUCGCUCGGUGUGGUAUAAACUCACAGAUUAGUGCUAUCGCAUACGACCCUGUUCAAUCGCUCCUCGCCGUCGGUACCAGUGAUACCCAGUUUGGAAGCGGGCAGAUCUAUGUCUUUGGACAACGGCGGGUGUCGGUGGUCUUUGAAUUCCCGCGCAAAGCGUCCGCGCGGUUCCUCCAAUUUUGCGGUAGCAAGCUUGUGAGCAUUGAUUCCAAGAAUGAAGUCAGUGUCUAUUCUUUGGAGGCUGGGCGCAUGGUCGUGUCCUAUGCGCCUCCAGGCCAACCUACAGCCCUGUUAACGGACCCGAGCUUGGACUAUGCGUUUAUCGGUCUAUCGAACGGUGAUAUUAUUGCAUACGAUCUGGACCGAGAGUCUAUGACGCCCUUCAAAAUCCCUAACUUAUGGCUGGAACGCAACGCUCGCGCGCGAUUCUCUCCAGUUGUGUCGUUAGCAUUUUCCACCCGAGACAUUGGCAAGAUCUUAGUGGGAUAUCCGGAGGGAGCAGUUACAUUUUCCUUCAAGCAGAAUCUUGCACAAAAGUUCUUCGUCUAUGAGAUUCCUCCUGGGGCCCCGGGUGGAGAUUCAAUGCCAUCCAGGGACGUGCGCAGACCCAAAUUGACCAACGCGAUCUGGCAUCCGAAUGGAAUCUUCAUUCUCACGAUCCAUGAGGAUUCAAGUCUGGUCCUUUGGGAUACGAAGGACGGCCGCAAGCUUCAUGCUCGGACAACUCAAACUCCCAACGUUGACAACCCUGAUGCCUCCAGACCUGGUUCGCCGGCAGAGCCUCCUGGGCCCAGGGAGCCUAUCACAAAGGUAGCUUGGUGUGCCAAAGGCAACCCGGAUGAUACUGGUCUAUUGGUAGCUGGUGGUCGGCCAGUUGGUGACCAGAGCAAAGGCCUCGUCUUUUUGGACAUGGGCCCAACUCCUAAUUAUCAGACUUCUUCAUGGCAGAUCCUGUCGAGCUACUUUGAGCGCCCACGGCGCGAGAUGAAGCUUGCUGUUCCGCCCGGAGCUAAGGUAGUUGAAUUUUGUCUUAUUCCUCGGGCAUCGCCCUACUUCAAUGGUGCUCAAGAUCCCAUUGCCCUCCUUGCUGUGCUAUCCUCGGGCGAACUUCUUACUCUGAGUUUCCCCAGUGGACACGCAAUUACUCCAACCAACAUGCUUCACCCCUUCCUCACUCUCGUUCAUCCAUUUGUGAAUAAAGCAGUGCUUACUCCUGUUGAUCGCUCUGUCUGGCUCGGUCUGAAAGAACGCCGUUCGCAGGGCCCUAAAUUUGCAAUGGGAGGCGCGGAAGCAAAGAACCCUCUCAAACGCUUUGAAAACCGCAAUGUUGUCUCCACUGCCCAUGCAGAUGGCACCGUUCGAGUUUGGGAUUGUGGACAUGACGACGAAAUUGAAAACGGCGAUGUGAUUCAGGUUGAUCUUGCUCGUGCCGUUGGCCGAGUGAACAACAUCGAAGUGACGGAUAUGUCUUUUGCAAGUGGAGCUGGCGAGAUGUCUAUUGGUCUCAAGUCCGGCGAGACCGUUAUCUUCCGAUGGGGCAAUAACGCCUCGUAUGGACAUGAGGAAGCUCCCGGUGCUAAUCAAGGGCCUGGGAAGAUGACUCCAAUCACCCAGCGGACAGACCCAGGCCUUAAGACAGGACUACUUCCUCUUACUAUGUUGGAUAUGCAACAGGGUCCAGUGACCGCGUUGAAGCACGGCUUAGUUGGAUUCGUAGCCGCUGGUUUCGAAGGUGGUGGUCUAGCGAUAAUUGAUCUACGAGGCCCGGCAGUUAUUCACACGGCGCAUCUGUCCGAGUUCAUCAAAGCACCGAAGCGGAGCAGUUUUGUCCGCAAGAGAAGUGGCUCGGAAGAUGCUGCUCCCGAAUGGCCCACUCACAUUGAAUUUGGCGUGAUGACCCUGGAAGGCGAAGACUACUCUAGCAUUUGCUGCUUUGUCGGCACGAGCCGAGGGAAUGUGGCAACAUUUAAGAUCCUCCCCAGCCCCAAUGGCACCUAUACAGCGGCUUUCGCUGGAGCAUCAACUGUCGAUGACAAAGUGAUCAACAUCAUUCCCAUUGAUGUCGACUCAGGCGGUCUUGCUUUGGCUACACCAAGUGUGGUUGGCAGCUUGAGAAGUGGCACCAAGGUCAAUGGAGCUGUAAUUGCUGUGACAACUGGUGGCUGCCGUAUCUUCAAGCCACCAACAUCGAAGGGUGCCCAUAAAGCAUGGGAAGACUACAUUUGUGACUCGGCACAGGUCGUCAAAACCGAAGGACGGGGCUACAGUUUGGUUGGCCUAUUCGGCGAUGGCAAUGCCCGCGCAUUCUCAAUUCCUGGCCUCCGAGAAAUCGGAUGCACCAAAGUCAACCAUAUUGCGGACAUGCGACGUCUCUCUGAAGCAUGCAUUACCCCAACUGGACAUAUCAUGACAUGGGUUGGUCCUUCAGAACUCGGGCUGUUUAGUGUCUGGGGAGGUGGAAACACAUUACACCCCUCAAAAGACCGUCUCUGGAAUCCUGAGGCUGUUCUCCCCCAGCGUCCCACCAUCACAAACAUGCAAUGGAUUUCCGGAACACAAUACGUCUCACCGGCAGACAUGGAUAUAUUGAUCGGUGGCCCAGACCGACCACCAUCAAAGCAAAUGAUCGAACAAAUGAAGCACGAAGAACAAGAACGCCGACAAGCCCUAAGAGAAGGGCGAGCCCCACCGCCAUCCGAACAGAGCGGCAGUCAAGAAGGCUAUUGGUCUUACAUGUCACGUCAAGUCCAAGAACGCACAGAGCGACUAGGGGUAGUCGGCGACAGCAUGGAUAGACUUGAAGAGAACAGCAGCAACUUCGCUAGCGACGUUGGCAAAUACGUACAGUCCCAAAAGAGGAAGGCUGUCUUUGGCGGUAAGUCGAUCUUUGAUGGAGCCCGUCGGCCUGAGUGUUCACCCCCUUACUUGCUUGAUGCUGACCGGUUCUUUUUGUAG